UUUUCUUUCGUUCUAUCAGAUUCCAUCUUUUGUGGCUCUGAUAAAAAUGGUCAGUAGUCCUAGCCGGCACUAUCUAGUUCUGAUCUUAGGGUAGUAUGAGGCCAUGGCUCGUGUAGGCUAUUAGACCUGUUGACUAGUUUCUUCUCUGAGACUUUGGUUUCUUUCUUUCUUUUUUGUCCUUCUGGGUAGAGACCAAUUGUUGUAUCUUAGAUGGUUGUUUGCAAGCUUUAAGACCCCAGACACUACUCACUUCACUAAGGAUGUAAAACGUGAACUUUGUGAACUCUAAUGAGUUGUCCCAUGAGACUAAGAUCCUAAACCUUCAAAUCCAGAAAAUCAGUCUUGCAAGGUAGUUGGUUAUGUCUGCAAAGUAUCUGUAAUUGUGUCCUCUAUGAAUAUAUAUGCAUGCACACGCAUAUCUCUAUGUAUACAUACAUAUAGAUAUGUCUCUCGGUACACACAUAUGUAUAUACCUGUACCUACCUGUACCCUGUCUCAUCACUUUAUAUCCCUUUAGCUGCUUCACCCUUUUGUCUUUCUACCUGGCUUUAUUUAUUUAUAACAUUCAUCACGCCUAACACUAUAUUUUGUAUUAUUUUUUACUUUCUAUCUCUUUAUCACUCCUUCUAAAAUUUAAGUUGUGUAAAGGCAGAGACCUUGUCUGUCUCGCUGACCACUGUAUCCCUAGUACCUGGAACCAUGUCUGGCCCAAAGGAGUUGCUGAAUUAGCAUUUGUGAAUGAAUGAGAAUCAGUGGAGUAAGCCAUUGAUUGUAUUUUGUGAUUCUUCUGGCUUCACAGCAUACCACUGUAUCUGCCCUAGUGGACUCUGUUUCAAGACCAGGGGCAGGAAGAAUGCUUUAUCCCUAGGAAAGUGUCACUCUGCUCCUUUUUCUAUAUUUUGAUUCAGGGCAGUGGUUCCUUGUUUCUUCCUAGGGGAAGAAUGUAAAGAGGAAAAAGAAUGGCAGGACCUUAUUUUCCUGAGGCAACUUGACUAUCUUCACAUCUCCAGACCUUUGAGAUCUUUGCCUUGAACUGGUUUUGCUUUUUUCUUAGGGUUGGGAAGACUUUUUCAUUUUCCAUGGGCAUUUUUUGUUUGUUUGUUUGUUUUUUAGAGAGGCUUGUGAUUCAGUAACAGAAACCAACAGCAGUUAAGAUUUCUAUCAGAGUGUUAAAUGUCAGAGGUUAUUCUGGCUCUCAUUUGGAGGUGAUGUAUUUAACCUGAUGGCUUCUUUCAACUUGGUUGAUUUUUUUUUUAAGCCUUCAUUUGGAGCUGUGUCAGUUUAACAGUCACAUCUGACAUAACUAUAUUACAUAAUCAGACUCUUUAAGGAUGCAGAUUGAAAAGACAUUGUGGUAAGGUUUGAGAACUACUUUUAUUUUGUAACUUCUUUGAGGAUUGGUGUUCCUGCUUUUGAUCUUUUUACCCUUGAUCCCUUCUUCUUCAAUAUGUUAAUUUAAGGACCAGGGUUCUAAGGAAUUCUUCAACUGAAAAAAGAACACAGGGAGAAGGAUGUCUGUGUAUGACAACAGUGAGGGCAGGGUACUGCUUCAAUUUUAUUUAAGAAGUGUUCCUAGUGUAUAUCUGCCAUCCUUGGGAAUGCCAGGAAGUUGUUGAGCGAUUGUGGUGACAGUGCAAGCUUCAGGCUCUGUACAAACGCUGACUAAGACUGCCUCUUCAAGCUAUGUCCCAUGAAUCGCUACUCAGCCCAGAAGCAGUUCUGGAAAGCUGCGAAGCCAGGGGCCAACAGCACAACAGAUGCCGUGCUGCUCAACAAGCUACAUCAUGCUGCAGACUUGGAAAAGAAGCAGAACGAGACAGAAAACAGGAAAUUGCUGGGGACUGUCAUUCAGUAUGGCAACGUGAUCCAGCUCCUGCAUUUGAAAAGCAAUAAAUAUCUAACUGUGAACAAGAGGCUUCCGGCACUGCUGGAGAAGAACGCCAUGAGAGUGACGCUGGACGAGGCUGGAAAUGAAGGGUCCUGGUUUUACAUUCAGCCGUUCUACAAGCUGCGAUCCAUUGGAGACAGUGUGGUGAUAGGUGACAAGGUUGUUCUGAACCCCGUCAAUGCUGGCCAGCCUCUACAUGCCAGCAGCCAUCAGCUGGUGGACAACCCGGGGUGCAAUGAGGUCAAUUCCGUCAACUGCAAUACAAGCUGGAAAAUAGUCCUUUUCAUGAAAUGGAGUGAUAACAAAGAUGACAUAUUAAAGGGGGGUGACGUGGUGAGGUUGUUCCAUGCUGAGCAGGAGAAGUUUCUCACCUGUGAUGAGCACAGGAAGAAGCAGCAUGUUUUCCUGAGGACCACUGGCCGGCAGUCAGCUACAUCUGCCACUAGUUCUAAAGCCCUGUGGGAGGUGGAGGUUGUUCAGCAUGACCCUUGUCGAGGUGGAGCUGGGUAUUGGAAUAGCCUCUUCCGUUUCAAGCAUCUGGCUACAGGCCAUUACUUAGCAGCAGAGGUAGACCCUGACUUUGAGGAAGAGUGCCUGGAGUUUCAGCCCUCAGUGGACCCUGAUCAGGAUGCAUCUCGAAGUAGGUUGCGGAAUGCCCAGGAAAAGAUGGUGUACUCCCUCGUCUCUGUGCCCGAAGGAAAUGACAUCUCCUCUAUUUUUGAGCUCGACCCCACCACGCUUCGUGGAGGUGAUAGUCUUGUCCCAAGGAACUCCUAUGUCCGUCUCAGACACCUAUGUACCAAUACCUGGGUUCACAGCACAAAUAUCCCCAUUGACAAGGAGGAAGAAAAACCCGUGAUGCUGAAAAUUGGCACCUCUCCUGUGAAGGAGGAUAAGGAAGCAUUUGCCAUAGUUCCGGUUUCUCCUGCUGAGGUUCGGGACCUAGACUUUGCCAAUGAUGCCAGCAAGGUGCUGGGCUCCAUAGCUGGAAAGCUGGAGAAGGGCACCAUCACCCAGAACGAAAGAAGGUCUGUAACCAAGCUGCUGGAAGACUUGGUUUACUUUGUCACCGGUGGAACUAACUCUGGUCAAGAUGUGCUUGAAGUGGUUUUCUCCAAGCCCAACAGAGAGCGGCAAAAACUGAUGAGAGAACAGAAUAUUCUCAAGCAGAUCUUCAAGUUGCUACAGGCCCCGUUCACAGACUGCGGAGAUGGCCCGAUGCUUAGGCUGGAGGAGCUUGGGGACCAGCGGCACGCUCCUUUCCGCCAUAUCUGCCGGCUCUGUUACAGGGUCUUGAGACACUCACAGCAAGACUACAGGAAGAACCAGGAGUAUAUCGCCAAGCAGUUUGGCUUCAUGCAGAAACAGAUUGGCUAUGAUGUGUUAGCAGAAGACACCAUCACUGCCCUACUCCACAAUAAUCGAAAACUCCUGGAAAAACACAUCACUGCAGCAGAGAUUGACACGUUUGUCAGUCUGGUGCGGAAGAACAGGGAGCCCAGAUUCUUAGAUUACCUUUCUGACCUCUGCGUCUCAAUGAACAAGUCAAUUCCAGUGACCCAGGAACUGAUAUGUAAAGCUGUGCUGAAUCCAACCAACGCUGACAUCCUGAUUGAGACCAAGUUGGUUCUGUCUCGUUUUGAAUUUGAAGGUGUUUCUACUGGAGAGAAUGCUCUGGAGGCAGGAGAGGAUGAGGAGGAGGUGUGGCUGUUUUGGAGGGACAGCAACAAAGAGAUUCGCAGUAAGAGUGUGCGAGAACUGGCGCAGGACGCUAAAGAAGGGCAGAAGGAAGACCGAGAUGUUCUCAGCUACUACAGGUAUCAGCUGAACCUCUUUGCCAGGAUGUGUCUGGACCGCCAAUACUUGGCCAUCAAUGACAUAUCGGGCCAGCUGGACGUUGAUCUCAUUCUCCGCUGCAUGUCUGACGAGAACCUGCCCUAUGACUUGCGGGCAUCCUUCUGCCGACUCAUGCUUCAUAUGCAUGUGGACCGAGAUCCCCAGGAACAAGUCACACCCGUGAAAUACGCCCGCCUCUGGUCGGAGAUUCCCUCUGAGAUCGCCAUUGAUGAUUAUGAUAGUAGUGGAACUUCCAAAGAUGAAAUCAAGGAGAGAUUUGCACAGACUAUGGAGUUUGUGGAGGAAUAUUUAAGAGAUGUGGUUUGCCAGAGGUUUCCUUUCUCUGAUAAGGAGAAAAAUAAGCUCACGUUUGAGGUUGUGAAUUUAGCUAGGAAUCUGAUCUACUUUGGUUUCUACAACUUCUCUGACCUUCUACGAUUAACCAAGAUCCUCCUGGCCAUAUUAGACUGUGUGCAUGUGACGACCAUCUUCCCCAUUAGCAAGAUGGCUAAAGGAGAAGAGAGUAAAGGCAGUAACGUAAUGAGGUCCAUCCAUGGGGUUGGAGAGCUGAUGACCCAGGUGGUGCUCCGGGGAGGAGGCUUCUUGCCCAUGACUCCCAUGGCAGCUGCCCCUGAAGGCAAUGUGAAGCAGGCAGAGCCAGAGAAGGAGGACAUCAUGGUCAUGGACACCAAGCUGAAGAUCAUUGAAAUACUCCAGUUUAUUUUGAAUGUGAGGUUGGAUUAUAGGAUCUCCUGCCUCCUGUGUAUAUUUAAGCGGGAGUUUGAUGAAAGCAAUUCCCAGACCUCGGAAACAUCCUCCGGAAGCAGCAGCCAAGAGGGCCCAAGUAAUGUACCAGGUGCUCUCGACUUUGAACACAUUGAAGAGCAAGCAGAAGGCAUCUUUGGAGGAAGUGAGGAGAACACUCCCUUGGACUUGGACGAUCAUGGCGGCAGGACCUUCCUCCGAGUCUUGCUGCAUUUGACGAUGCACGACUACCCACCCUUGGUGUCAGGGGCCCUGCAGCUGCUCUUCCGGCACUUCAGCCAGAGGCAGGAGGUGCUCCAGGCCUUCAAGCAGGUGCAACUGCUUGUUACCAGCCAAGAUGUGGACAACUACAAACAGAUCAAACAAGACUUGGAUCAGCUGAGGUCCAUCGUGGAAAAGUCAGAGCUCUGGGUGUACAAAGGGCAGGGCCCUGAUGAGGUGAUGGAUGGUGCAUCUGGUGAAAAUGAGCAUAAGAAAACAGAGGAGGGGAAUAACAAGUCUCAAAAGCAUGAAAGUACAAGCAGCUACAACUACAGGGUGGUGAAAGAGAUUUUGAUUCGACUUAGCAAACUCUGCGUCCAGGAGAGUGCCUCAGUCAGGAAGAGCAGGAAGCAGCAGCAGCGGCUGCUCCGGAACAUGGGCGCCCACGCCGUGGUGUUGGAGCUGCUGCAGAUCCCAUAUGAGAAGGCUGAAGACACCAAGAUGCAGGAGAUAAUGAGGCUGGCUCAUGAAUUCCUGCAGAAUUUCUGCGCGGGCAACCAGCAGAAUCAAGCCCUGCUACACAAACACAUAAACCUGUUUCUCAACCCAGGGAUCCUGGAGGCGGUAACGAUGCAGCACAUUUUCAUGAACAAUUUCCAGCUUUGCAGUGAGAUCAACGAGAGAGUCGUCCAGCACUUCGUUCACUGCAUUGAGACCCACGGUCGAAACGUCCAGUACAUCAAGUUCUUGCAGACUAUUGUCAAGGCAGAAGGGAAAUUCAUUAAAAAGUGCCAAGACAUGGUCAUGGCUGAGCUGGUCAACUCAGGAGAGGAUGUCCUUGUAUUCUACAAUGACAGAGCCUCUUUUCAGACUUUGAUCCAGAUGAUGAGGUCAGAGCGGGACCGCAUGGAUGAGAACAGCCCUCUCAUGUACCACAUCCACUUGGUGGAGCUCCUGGCCGUGUGCACAGAGGGCAAGAACGUGUACACGGAGAUCAAGUGCAACUCCCUGUUGCCGCUGGAUGACAUUGUCCGUGUGGUGACCCACGAGGACUGCAUCCCUGAGGUUAAAAUCGCAUACAUUAACUUCCUGAACCACUGCUAUGUGGACACUGAAGUGGAAAUGAAGGAGAUUUACACCAGCAAUCACAUGUGGAAGCUGUUUGAGAAUUUCCUUGUAGACAUCUGCAGGGCAUGUAACAACACAAGUGACAGAAAGCACGCGGACUCCAUUUUGGAGAAGUAUGUGACCGAAAUUGUCAUGAGUAUCGUUACUACCUUCUUCAGCUCUCCCUUCUCAGAUCAGAGUACGACUUUGCAGACUCGUCAGCCGGUCUUUGUGCAACUGCUGCAGGGCGUGUUCAGGGUUUACCACUGCAACUGGCUGAUGCCAAGCCAGAAGGCCUCCGUGGAGAGCUGUAUCCGGGUACUCUCAGAUGUAGCUAAGAGCCGGGCCAUCGCCAUCCCUGUAGACUUGGACAGCCAAGUCAACAAUCUCUUUCUGAAGUCACACAACAUUGUGCAGAAAACAGCCAUGAACUGGCGGCUGUCAGUCCGCAACGCUGCUCGCAGAGACUCUGUCCUGGCUGCUUCCAGAGACUACCGGAACAUCAUUGAGAGAUUGCAGGAUAUCGUCUCUGCGCUGGAGGACCGGCUCAGGCCCCUGGUGCAAGCCGAGCUGUCUGUACUUGUGGACGUCCUCCAUCGCCCUGAGCUGCUGUUCCCAGAGAACACAGAUGCCCGGAGAAAAUGUGAAAGUGGGGGCUUUAUUUGCAAGUUAAUAAAGCAUACUAAACAGCUGCUAGAAGAGAAUGAGGAGAAACUCUGCAUUAAAGUGCUGCAGACCCUCAGAGAGAUGAUGACCAAAGAUAGAGGCUAUGGAGAAAAGCUGCCACAAGCUCCGGACGCGGAGAACUCCACAGAGCAGGAGCUUGAACCAAGUCCACCACUGAGGCAGCUGGAAGACCAUAAAAGGGGUGAGGCGCUCAGGCAAAUUUUGGUCAACCGUUACUAUGGAAACGUCAGACCUUCGGGAAGAAGAGAGAGCCUUACCAGCUUUGGCAAUGGCCCGCUGUCACCGGGAGGACCCAGCAAACCUGGGGGAGGAGGAGGAGGAUCCGGAUCCGGCUCUGUGAGCAGGGGUGAAAUGAGCCUGGCUGAGGUUCAGUGCCACCUCGACAAGGAGGGGGCCUCCAAUCUGGUCAUCGACCUCAUAAUGAAUGCGUCCAGUGACCGAGUGUUCCAUGAAAGCAUUCUCCUGGCCAUUGCCCUCCUGGAAGGAGGCAACACCACCAUACAGCACUCAUUUUUCUGCCGGCUGACAGAAGAUAAGAAGUCAGAGAAAUUCUUCAAAGUUUUCUAUGACCGAAUGAAGGUAGCCCAGCAAGAAAUCAAGGCAACGGUGACAGUGAACACCAGUGACUUGGGAAAUAAGAAGAAGGAUGAUGAGACAGACAGGGAUGCCCCUUCACGUAAAAAAGCCAAAGAGCCCUCCACACAAAUAACGGAGGAGGUCCGGGAUCAGCUCCUGGAGGCUUCCGCUGCCACCAGGAAAGCCUUCACCACUUUCCGGAGGGAGGCUGACCCCGACGACCACUACCAGUCAGGGGAGGGUGCCCAGGCUACCACGGACAAGACUAAGGACGAACUGGAGAUGAGCGCUGUCAUCACCAUCAUGCAGCCCAUCCUCCGCUUCCUGCAGCUCCUGUGUGAAAACCAUAACCGAGACCUGCAGAACUUCCUUCGUUGCCAGAAUAACAAGACCAACUACAAUUUGGUAUGUGAGACCCUGCAGUUUCUGGACUGUAUUUGUGGAAGCACAACUGGAGGCCUUGGUCUUCUUGGACUGUAUAUAAAUGAAAAGAAUGUAGCACUGAUCAAUCAAACCCUGGAGAGUCUGACCGAGUACUGCCAAGGACCUUGCCACGAGAACCAGAACUGCAUAGCCACCCAUGAAUCCAACGGCAUUGACAUCAUCACAGCCCUCAUCCUCAAUGACAUCAAUCCUUUGGGAAAGAAGAGGAUGGACCUCGUUUUAGAACUGAAGAACAAUGCUUCCAAGCUGCUCCUGGCCAUCAUGGAGAGUAGGCACGACAGUGAGAAUGCAGAGAGGAUCCUUUAUAACAUGAGGCCAAAGGAACUGGUGGAAGUGAUCAAGAAGGCCUACAUGCAAGGUGAAGUGGAGUUUGAGGAUGGAGAAAACGGUGAGGACGGAGCUGCCUCCCCUCGGAACGUGGGGCAUAACAUCUACAUAUUAGCUCAUCAGUUGGCUCGGCAUAACAAAGAACUCCAGACCAUGCUGAAGCCUGGUGGCCAAGUGGAUGGAGAUGAAGCUCUGGAAUUUUACGCCAAGCAUACAGCACAGAUAGAGAUUGUCAGAUUAGACAGAACAAUGGAGCAGAUCGUCUUUCCAGUUCCCAGUAUAUGUGAAUUCCUAACCAAAGAGUCAAAGCUACGAAUAUACUACACUACAGAGAGAGAUGAACAGGGCAGCAAAAUCAAUGAUUUCUUCCUGCGGUCCGAAGACCUCUUCAAUGAAAUGAAUUGGCAAAAGAAACUAAGAGCCCAGCCAGUUCUCUAUUGGUGUGCCCGCAACAUGUCCUUCUGGAGCAGCAUUUCCUUUAACCUGGCCGUCCUGAUGAAUUUGCUGGUGGCGUUUUUCUACCCAUUUAAAGGAGUUCGAGGAGGGACUCUGGAGCCACACUUGUCAGGCCUGCUGUGGACAGCCAUGCUUAUCUCCUUGGCCAUCGUCAUUGCUCUCCCCAAGCCCCAUGGCAUCCGGGCAUUAAUUGCUUCCACAAUUCUCCGAUUGAUAUUUUCGGUUGGGUUACAGCCCACGUUGUUUCUCCUGGGAGCUUUCAAUGUCUGCAAUAAAAUCAUCUUUCUGAUGAGCUUCGUGGGCAACUGCGGAACGUUCACCAGAGGCUACCGAGCCAUGGUCCUUGAUGUUGAGUUCCUUUAUCACUUGUUGUAUCUGUUGAUCUGCGCCAUGGGGCUCUUUGUCCAUGAGUUCUUCUACAGUUUGCUGCUUUUUGAUUUAGUGUACAGAGAAGAGACUCUGCUUAAUGUCAUUAAAAGCGUCACUCGGAAUGGACGGUCCAUUAUCCUGACGGCGGUUCUGGCUCUGAUCUUGGUUUACCUGUUCUCCAUAGUGGGCUAUCUCUUCUUCAAGGAUGAUUUUAUCCUGGAAGUAGAUAGGUUGCCCAAUGAAACAGCUCUCCCAGAAGCCGGUGAGAGUUUGGCAAGUGAGUUCCUGUACUCGGAUGUGUGCAGGGUGGAGUCUGGGGAGAAUUGUUCCUCUCCUUCCCCCAGAGAAGAGCUGGUCCCUGCGGAAGAACUGGAGCAAGAUAAGGAGCAUACAUGUGAGACGCUGCUGAUGUGUAUUGUUACUGUCCUGAGUCACGGGCUGCGAAGCGGGGGCGGAGUAGGAGAUGUGCUCAGAAAGCCUUCCAAAGAGGAGCCCCUCUUUGCGGCUAGAGUGAUUUAUGACCUCUUGUUCUUCUUCAUGGUCAUCAUUAUCGUCCUGAAUCUAAUUUUUGGGGUCAUCAUUGACACCUUUGCAGACCUGAGAAGUGAGAAGCAGAAGAAGGAAGAAAUCUUAAAGACCACGUGCUUUAUCUGUGGCUUGGAGAGAGACAAGUUUGACAACAAGACAGUCACCUUUGAAGAGCACAUCAAGGAAGAACACAACAUGUGGCACUAUCUGUGCUUCAUCGUCCUGGUGAAAGUCAAGGACUCCACAGAAUACACGGGGCCGGAGAGUUACGUGGCAGAAAUGAUUAAGGAACGAAACCUUGAUUGGUUCCCUAGGAUGAGAGCCAUGUCCUUGGUCAGCAGUGAUUCUGACGGAGAACAGAAUGAGUUGCGGAACCUGCAGGAGAAGCUGGAGUCCACCAUGAAGCUGGUCACUAAUCUUUCAGGCCAGCUGUCAGAAUUGAAGGACCAGAUGACAGAACAAAGGAAGCAGAAACAGAGAAUCGGUCUUCUAGGACAUCCUCCUCACAUGAAUGUCAACCCACAGCAACCAGCAUAAGUCAAUGAAGUAAAGCAGUUGUAUUUACCUUUUUUAAUUAUUAUUAGCGUGGGUCUGGCUGAUUAGUUCUGACUCACCCACUAAGGCUACAGUUACACUUAGUACAUUUGUAAAUACUCGGUUUUAUACUGUAUGUAUAUGAUUGCUACUCCAAAGGUUUGGAUAUAUGUAUUGUCAUUAGAAUUGUUGGCACAAUGAGAUUUCAUUCCUGCCACAAAUACUGAAGAUGCCUUUUUUGGAAGGACUAAAGAAAGCACCUGAUUUGCACUUGAACCAGAUUAUAGAUUUAAUAAGUAUAUGACAUGUAUUUUGUAUUUAAAACUAGAAUAGCCAGUAUUUAUGUUUUUUUUUAUAAAACUGUGUAGUACGAAUUACGCAAUCCCAAUAUAUUUGUAACUCCUGAGUAUCCUAGAGGGAGUGCACACCUUUGAAGCUGGUGUGUUAAUACUGUGUAAUAAAUGGCUAAAUAGCAAAUGAUGCUGCUGCCAAAACUAUAUUAAUAGCAAGUUUCAGGCCCCUGGGCAUUUUGUACCAUGUAGUAAUUACCCUGUGUGAUGCCUUUUCUCGUUGCUAGUGGCAUUAGCGCCUCUGUCCCGUAGUGAUAAUGCUCCAAGUCUAUCAACGGUUAAAUCAGCAUUCAUUUUAGGAAAAGCAACUUUACUUUCAAAGAGACUUUGAAGCUUCUGGAUUGAUCAUUGAAAUGAAUUAUUUCUUUAAAUAAGCGAGCCAAAUUAGAGGCUCAGACUUUAGCUCGGGAAGAAGUUAAUGAAUUUUUUUAAAGGAAACUUUUUAUGCAAAGCUCAGGAUAAAUGCAUACCGCUGGCCAGUCAUCGUCAUCUCCUGGGUGAAUUUUGGUAUCAUGCUGUAAAGAAAUGAUUAGUUUGAUGGUUUCUAGAUUAAUUCAAACAGUAGAGUUUUUUUCCUUCAUCAGACCCAACAUGCUACAUUAGCUAAGAACUAUUAAAACUAUAUACGUCCCUAUAAAGAUGAACUUUCCCAUUAGAACUCAGAGUUGAACACUGACAUGUUAUUCUUGUGAAAGAGCCACGUUUUGGUUUUUUUCUUCGUCACCUGAUUUCUUUUCUUGAUGGAUGAACAGUGUGAGGGGAGGCUUUUAUAUCUGUUGCCUAGUUUUGUACAUGAAUCUCAUUUUACAAGAGAAUUUCUCUGCAAAAAAAAAAAAAAGUUUAAAAA